AUGUUCAACCAACCCGAAGAAACAUUCGAAGAUUUGAACUCUUCCAUUGCCAGCCUUGACCUCAACGAUCUUCCUAAGCCGGCGGAGGCAGAGAGGAAGCUCUCUGGAAUUCGACGAGGUGUCUUUGUCGCGUACGGCAUGAAAUCCCUGAAUUUUUUUGUGGAUGUCAAUGAAAGUCUCGCGGAAGUCCAGAGAACUGUGGAGGCAAGGACUGGAAUCCCCAUGGACAACCAAGUUCUCGAAUGGGAAAACACUGGUGUUUUGAUUGAUGGCAACAAGUCCUUGCGCGACUACGGGAUGAUGUCAGGAGGGUUCUGCGCGUUGUCCUCCAAGGAUGCCUAG